AUGGAGAUUCAAAGAAAUAAGGAUGUAAAAAUUCCUGUUGGGUUUAGAUUCUAUCCCACAGAUGAAGAACUGAUUAUUCACUACUUGAAGAGAAAGGUCUAUUCUCUGCCAUUGCCAGCCACUGUCAUUCCUGAAUUGGAUGUUUUCCAAACUAAUCCCAGAGACUUGCCAGGUGACUCGUGGGAGAAGAGAUAUUUCUUCAGCAAAAGAACUAUGAAUUUGAACAAGUGUAGCAAUGGCUGCUGGAAAGCCACUGGAAAAGAUAAGAAAAUUGUAGCUCCUGGAAAUAACCAAACAAUUGGGGUGAAGAAAUCCCUCAUAUUCUAUGAAGGGAACUGCAAAAAAACUAGUUGGGUUAUGCACCAAUACUCUUUAAUAACUUCAUUAUCAACUCAGAAAAUCAGGAUGCCGGAGGGAGAGUGGGUGGUUUGCUGCGUAUUUCGGAGGAAAACGAAGAGACCAGCUAUGAAUUUGGCAAACAAUAUUUCCCAAAUUGCUUCUCCAUCUUGUUCAAGUGGGAUCACUGAGAUUUCUUCUUAA